GGCAGAAACAUGGCAGCUGCAUGCGAAAGGUCCUGAUUAAGUUUGAAGCGCUUGGAGGGUUCGGGCAACAUUACAGCAGGAAGCUCAGCGACAAUGUAGUUACGAGCUUCCUAUUUUAGUCUGGUUUAGCAACACUUUGUGGGGCAGAGAAAGGAAGAGUCGCAGAGGGAGGACUGUGCUACAAGUACAAACAGUGGCGAGAAGAGGACGCACGAGCCGACUGCGACAGACCGACUCAUGGCGGUUCACAGUCCGGUCAACGGGACAACGGCGAUACCGUGGAGGAGCAGCAGCAGCAGGAGGAAACUGACCCUCCUGGAGCAGCUGAGGGGCUGUCAGGAAGCCUGGUGCCCCGGGGCAUCGUGGGACAGAGACCAGGCCCACGCCGCCAUCAGAGGGACACCGGCUGGGAGCUUCCUGGUUGUGCGUGAUGGUGUGAGCUCCCAGCCCAGCCUGCUGUGUGUGUCUGCUGGAGCCCAGCGCCAAGACGUCCUGGACUUCACCAUCAGAUGCUCAGGGACAGUCCUCCAGCUGUCAGAGUCUCGUCUGUCUUUCUCGGACUUGGUUCAGUUGGUGCUCUUUUACUCUCUGACCAGGGACGUGUUGCCUGUUUGCCUCUACAUCCCUCACUGGGUCUACGGUGUAACUGAGACAAACAAAGAUAAUCUAACUCAACUGGAAACAAACAGCUGGCUUUCUCCUGAGGCCCAGCAGAAUGAUGGGACCCACAAGGAGCCCUGCAGUUUGAUGUGCUCCAUCCAGCUAACUUCUGCCAACCGAGCGUUGUUCAUCAUUAACCCGCUGUACGUGCGCGAACACGGAGACGACUGGCUGGCACACAAAGCCGCUGCCGCACAGAGCCCCGCGAUGCCGUCCAACUUCAGACAGGUGCGGCGCCUCAGCACCACCAGGCCGUGGACGGGAUCGGGCCUGCAGAGCAGACGAGCCACAUCGCUGGACCAGGAGCCGUCUGCGUCCAGCGCAGAGAGCUCAGGUCUGAACCGAUCCGGAUCAGCUGAUUCACCGAUGACCCCACAAACCCCAUCGGGGGUGGUCCUCAGGAGGCCCAGCCGAGAAUUGGCCCAAGAUCCCCCUCACAAGUUGACCAUAAAAAGCCUGCCUUCAUCCUCUGCCUCCACCCCCAGAGCUACCACGCCCGAGCCGCAGCGCCACAGCAGCCCCGUGCCUCAGUCCCCCCACAGGGUGUCCUGGAUCGAAGACGGCUUCUGGCUGCCCCCGCCCAGGCCGAACUCUUUGCUCCACCCGCCCUCGCUGGAGCUGGACUCGCUGUCUAUCAGCAGCAUAGAGGAGGAGCAGGAGUCUCCCGUCUCCAGCGCCGCACCCCACCUCCCCUCGGCACACCGCCUGGCCGACAAGGUCAUCCACCGGCUGUCGGCGGUGGGCCAGGCGCUGGGGGGGCUGGUGUCUCCCAAGAAGAGGCUGACCAAUCGUGUGGUGGAGCUGAGCGAGCGGAAGGGUGGAGCUUUCGCAGAGGCUGUGAAGGAAUUUGUGGAGACGACGCUGAAGAAAGACGUGGAUUCUGCCGGGGUCGUGGGGUCAGAGUUCUUACAGGAAGUGAGGACGUCACUCACAUCACUGAGGGAGACUCUGUUGGAAUAUUCAGAAAUCCAGGCGUUACUGGACAGCAUGACUGACAUGAAUGAUGCAGAGAUUGACUCCCUGGUGGAACUUUCCCUCCACAAAGUCGCCCUGAAGCCCGUCUCCACCCAUCUCUACUCCUACAUCCGAGCCUCCCGCACCGCCGACGGCAGCAUCGAGCACCUGCAGACCAACCUGCACGUGCUGGAGCUGAACGCCGUGGACGAGCUGGGCGGGUCGGUGGGGGUUGGAGUUCCUGACGCCGUCACCCUGGAGAGGAUCCAGCAGAGGUGGGCCAGCAUGCACAAGGCGUCCUCCCCGAACAAGAAGGUUGAGAUCCUGCUCAAAGUCUGCAAGACCAUCUAUCACAGCAUGACGGCCAAUGCCAGCUCAGGCAAAGUGUUUGGAGCAGAUGACUUCCUGCCCUGUUUGACGUGGGUGCUGCUGCGGAGCGACCUCGUCACCUUACAGAUAGACACAGACUACAUGAUGGAGCUGCUGGAUCCUGCACAGCUGCAGGGAGAGGGCGGUUACUACCUUACGACGCUGUACGCAGCUCUUUACUACAUCAGCAGCUUCAGGCCUCGCCUGGCCGUCCGGCAGCUCAGCGUGGAAGCGCAGCAGUCUCUGAACCAGUGGCACCGCAGGCGCACGCUGCACUGCAACCAGUCGCGUCGCAGCCAGCACCGACGGACCAUCCGCAGGCCGAUGUGUCGCGAGAAGACCCUGCAGGGCUCUGACAAUGAGGCCGAGAGUGCAGAGAAAAGCGGGAGAGACUGCGCUUCUGGGAAUCCCACCAGUGAGCAGCGAGCGGAGAGCGGAACUGAGGCCCUGCAGACACUGGACGAGGGCAGAGAGGAGGAACUGGAGGGCCGGGGACAGUCGCAGACCUCAGGACCAAGCAAUGAAGUUAUUUCUCAGUGUGACAAUAUUGCAAGCAAUGACAGAAGCCAUUCGGGUUUUUCUGCUGCAGGAGCGAAGGAUUCUGAAGAAGAGGACAGAGACGACUUCAUAUAAAAAAAAUAACCAAGAACAAAGCAAAACAUGGCACUUCACCACAACUUCAUAUUGGAGGGAGUCACUGUUUCUUAAGAACAGUGUGAAUUGUUCCUCUAAAGCGAUCCAAGUGUUUCUUAAUGAAUCUCAGGGUUUACAAGGUAACAUGGGAAAACAUGGGGAAUAUUUUCCUAUGCGAAUUACACAAUCAAAUUGAUUUGUGUUCAGCUACAACGACUGUUUCCACUGGGAAGAGACAAUAUGCAACCCGUAUAUUUUCUUUAAAAAAAGUAAACACACACACACACACACACACACACACACACACACACACACACACACACUGUAAUCAUAUCACAGAUACAUAAAGUUACAGCUGUCGGCUCAGUGUCUGGUCCACUGGUCACAUCAAGUCAGUUAAUAUUGUGUUGCUCACCAUCACCUUUCUCUUGUAAGAUUACUCAGAAGGAGCUUUCAGCAUCAUUUUCAUUGACACGCAAGUGAUUUUCAACUUUAUUGCAGAUUUAUGACAGCAUUAAUUUUAAGGGAAAAAGUGUCAAGUUAAAAUUUCAUAAAGUCUGCUUCUGUUGUGUACCUACUCCCAUUCUCAGUAUGUUGACAACUGGCAAAUGGAUGCAGAUUUUUUUCUUAUCUUUCAAGCAGUUUAUCGUGUUCAUCGAUUUUUUUUUUUUUUUUUUAAAUUUGACAUUUUUAUUUUCAUAGUUUACUCACGGAAAUGCUGCUGAACAGAAACGGGCGCAUAAAUCGCUUUUGACCACUAGAUGGCAGCAUACAACCUUCUCUAAUGUUUCUGUUUCAACUUCUCAGAGGCUGACUUCUUGUGUCUUAAGUUCACCAUCACCACAAUAAACAUUCCACAAAUCA